AUGUCCGAAAGCGACGUCAAGAAGACAAUCCAGCAGCUCCAUUCGCUGUCCGAGAGCAACCUCAGCAACGCCUCCGCUCUGUUGUCACAAGCAAAGAUCUCGCUACUCAAGCUACACGCCCUCGUCCCCAACUCCUCCACAUCUCACCAGCAUCUCGCUCUCGCUCGCGAAGUCCUCGAGAUCGGUGCCUUCGUCUCAAUCCGUCAAAGAGAUCCCGAGUCAUUCACACGCUAUUUCCAACAACUCCAGCCCUUCUACUCAUUACCUCACGACCGAUGGGGCUCUCACGACAAGCACGGUAACCAGAGCAAGAUCACUGGUCUCUACUUACUACUCCUGCUGAGCCAAGGAGAUUACGCCGGCUUCCACACUGUCAUUGAAGGUCUUGAGAUGGCAUUCGGUGGCAGAAAGCGCUUGGACGAUGACGCCUUCAUUCAGUAUCCCAUGAGAUUGGAGCAGGCUUUGAUGGAGGGCAGCUACGACCGCGUCUGGGGUGAGACCAAGGGAGAAAGAGUGCCCAGCCCCGAAUUCGCCGUCUUCUCAGAGGUAUCACUACAACAUCUUCUGUCUUGUCGACUGGACCACGUGCUAACAUGUAUCCAAGNNGUCCUGGUUAACACAAUCCGCUCCGAAAUCGCCUCAUGCAGUGAGCGCGCAUACNCCUCCCUCCCCAUCUCGAACGCAAAGAACCUCCUUUUCCUUGACUCUGAAGGCGCUGUCAUUCAAUUCGCACACUCGCGUGGCUGGGUCGCCAAGGAUGGUCGCAUCUACUUCCCUGCUCAGCAAGAAGAGUUGGCACAGGGCGAGAAAGACAUUCUUGCGACCAGCGACAAGGUCAUCGAGAACACACUUGAGUACGCCAGAAAGCUUGAAACCAUCGUCUAA